AUGCGGUGGGCAUCGCUUGUGGUUCCGUUGUGCUGGUGCAUAACGCCACCAAAUGAAGACUUGAAGGAUAUCGACUCAUCAGCGGGAUACGAUCUCGCGUCGGAAAUGCUUACAAAAUCUAUCAACUUUUCGGUAGAUCCAUGCGAGGAUUUUUUUGAGUUCAGCUGUGGUCAUUGGAUAGCUCAUCAUCCGAUACCCAAAGAUGAUUUUUACAUCUCACCGAUGGAUGUACUUACUGCAAAAGUGGAAGAGCAAAUGAGAGACAUAUUCGAAUCAAAGGAGGUAUUUCAAUCGAGAUCUAUGAAUGCACUAAAAGCCAUCUAUAAAAGAUGCAUGGACAUAGACGAGCUGAACCGCAUCGGUGCUAAGCGAAUGAUAGAAGAUAUCAGGAGUUUUGGCGUUUGGCCUAUUUUGGAAGGAGAUGAGAAGUGGAAAGAGAAGGAGUUUGACUUAACGGCGCUGCUUAUCCAUUUCGAUCAAGGAAGCAUCAGCUUAGGCGGACCUGCUUACUACUUGCAAAGAGAACAGCACGGCAAGAACAUUGAAGCUUUGAGAAAUUACAUAAUCAAUCAGGUUGAGUUAUUUCAAAAGGAUGGAGAUUUGCCUACCAACAAAACGAAAAUUGGAGAAGAUACUGACGAAAUAAUCGAUUUGGAAACGAAGAUGGCAGAAAUCUUAGUAGCAAAUAAGGAUCGCAGGAACUUCACUACGCUUUAUAAUCUACGCCACUUGAGCGACAUGCGCAAACUCACACCCGUGGUGGGUGCACGACCAAGUGGACUGGCUGCGUUGUUCCUUGCCAUUGCUCCAUCUGCUUCUCAUGAAUACCUUAAAUCAGAUCCAGAAAUUAUAAUCAAAGAAAUUGACUAUUUGAAAAGAAUAAACGAACUUUUGGAAACAACAGACCCUCGAAUAAUCACAAACUAUGUACUCAUGCGUUAUUCUUCAAGUUGGGAAGGAGAGAUGGGAGAAAAAUAUGAAGAUAAUGCUCAGGAGUUUGAUAAGGAGAUGUAUGGACGACAGGAAAAAUUUCCACGGUGGAAAGUUUGCACUAGCAGCACUAUGCAACGAAUGCUUUACGCUAUCAGUGCGCUAUACGUGAGAAAAGCAUUCGAUCAGGCUUCAAAGAAUGUCACGUUAGAAAUGGUUGAUGAUUUGCUAGCAGCAUUUCGACAAACUCUCAUCAUGACUGAUUGGAUGGACGAUCGAACUAGAGCUGACGCUCUAGAGAAGGUGGACCAAAUAUUGCCAAAAAUAGCUUAUCCUGAUUUCAUUUUGGACAACGAAAAACUCGAUCAGUAUUACGACGGCCUAGACAUACGUGAUAAUGAUUCGUAUAGUGAGAUGUUGGAAAAGGUGAGCCGAUGGGACAUUGAAUGUUCGUUCAAAAGACUGCCGAGUCCCGUGAAUCGUUCCGAAUAUGAUAAUUUCAACUCUGUCGAAGUGAAUGGCUACUAUGAACCACAAUCCAACAGCAUUGCACCAUUUUCAGGAUUUUCUGCUGCAAUUCUUCAAGCUCCCCUUUUCCACCUUACCUUCCCCAGAGCUCUAAAUUAUGGAGGACUGGGAUCCCUUAUUGGACACGAAAUUACCCACGGUUUCGAUGAUGCAGGACGUCAAUUUGAUGCUAAUGGUAAUCUUGCCGAGUGGUGGGAUGCGAAGGUAAAGAAAAAUUUUGAGAACCGAGCCCAAUGCAUGAUCAACCAGUACGGAAAGAUAGAGGUACCCGGAACUGGUCUCAAAAUUAACGGCAAAUUCACUCAGGGAGAAAAUAUAGCCGAUAAUGGUGGAGUGAAGCAGGCUUUUAAGGCUUACAAAGCUUAUUUGCAAAAGCACGGCGGAAAGGAAGACAGAAUCAAAGGUUUGGAACAAUUUGAUAACGAGCAGAUGUUUUUUCUGGGCUUUGCUAUAGCCAAGUGUGAGCGCUCUACGUAUGAUUAUUUAAUUCACAAACUUCUUACAAGUAACCACCCUCCGAAUCGCUAUCGGGUCAAUCAGGUGCUGGCCAAUCAACACGAAUUUGCUGCUGCUUUUAAAUGUAAAGUAGGCAGUAUCAUGAACCCUGUCAAACGCUGCUCUUUGUGGUGA